GAAGAGGAAAAGGGUGCGAUAAGGGGGUCAAUGUUUUCUUUUUAUUCAGAGCUAUUCGGUUUUAUGUUCUCCUUUGUUUGGCUUUUUAUGUAAUCCAGUUCGUUUCAUUUUAAAGGGAUUUCCUGACAGAUUUCAGCCAGUUCCCUGAGCCGGAGCCGCUACUGGACGUGAGCCACCGGAGGCGGAGAGCUCGAACUGUUGGCGCCGACACCGAGGGGGGCUCCACAAAAUGUGGGAUGGCAUUCAAUGACUUCGUUGCCGGUGCGCUGGGAGGCAUGGCCGGUGUUGUCUUAGGUCAUCCGUUUGACACAGUCAAGUUGCAGAUGCAGAUCAGGACUUCAGGCGACCACAACUUGCACAGGCUGAGGGAUGCGUGGAGUAGUGUGGCUGUACAGGGGUUGAGACGCGGGCUGUACCGUGGUAUGAUGUUCCCAUUGUGCUCUUACGGGCUGGUCAACUCUAUCUUCUUCGGGGCGUACGGGAACAUGUUGCACAUACUGGAGCCUGACAACACAGUCGUGCCGUCUAAUCUUCAGGUGUAUCUUGCUGGAUGUGCUGCUGGGGCUGCCCAGUUGGUGAUGGCGUGUCCGGUCGAGGUCAUCAAGUGCACACUGCAAGCACAGAUACCGUUCACCCUACCCAAAUCUGGCCACAGCGCAUUGCACGCCACGCCGGUCAUGCGUAAAAACUAUUACGAGGGCCCGUUUGAGUGUACGAAAGAUAUCUGUAAACGAGAGGGCUUCAAGGGCUUCUAUAAGGGCAUAUACCCUAUGUUUAUAAGAGAUGUCCCCAGCUUCGGCCUGUACCUAUGUAUCUACGAGUCCCUGUACCAGACCAUGACCCACAACGGCUUCUCCGACUCCAAGGGCGUCACCCCAGCCAUCAUCUCAGGCGGGGUCGCUGGGUGCGUCUCCUGGGUCUCCACCAUGCCAUUUGACGUCAUCAAGAGCAGACUUCAGGUCGACCAUGGCGGACGGUACGACGGCUUAUGGGACUGCGUGUACAAGACCGUCAAAAACGGCGGCAUCAGCGUGUUGUUCCGGGGCACCGUCAUCACCGUCAUUCGGGCGUUUCCGGUCAACGCCGUGACCUUCCUCGUGUACUCGCAGCUGUUGAAAGAGCUCAACGCUUUCAACCCUCCCAAGCGAAUGAGGACAAUCACGCCGGCAGAGUGACCCCUAAAGUGACCCACGAUGACCCAUUUCGACCCGACUGAUUGUUGUUUUUGUUUUUUGUUUUUUCUCAGGGAUUUUGUUCUAGUCUAAGUAGCAACAACAAAUUGUCAUUUAUUUAAUAUCAUGUUGUUUAUACUUGAAUAAAUCUCAUAUGUCAUUUAUGAAUGUAAUAAUAUAAUGUGUAAUUUAUAAAUUAAUAAAUACCACAUA